AGUGAAAGUUAACACACGAAGUCUAGAAUUUGGUUCCGAUGUGCUCCAGAUACGUUCACGAAUCUGUGCCCAAUUUAGACAAUUAGCACCAGUAAGACAAUAAACCUAUUUUGGAGACGGCUCUCUGCACAAGAAGACACCGUUCGUGCCGUUAGUCUCACAUUUUCGGCCAUUCCAAGAGCAUCAGUGUCCACAAUCAUGAGUCUCUUACGGUUACGUUUGAAACCACUGUACGCCAUCGGCCUUUCGAUUCUGCUGCUGUCGUCCGGCCUGAUCGUCGACGCAUCCGAAGCGCCCCAGUGUCCAGCGAGUCGUAUCCUUUCCCAGCGCUCCAAACGCUGGAUACUGAGCUAUCCCAUCAACGGCGGUGUGGCGAAGAUGGUGUUCGGCUUUCUCGCUCCGAUCCGCUUUCACCAUCCGUUGCCGCGCAGCUUGAACCUGUCGCUGAACGUACAGGCCAACUAUCGCAUCCUGCCCGCCAUUAUCUUUCCCCGGCCGGAAUCGAUCUUUAAGAACCGUGCCAAUAGUGAGUACACGGACACGAGCCGGAAGCAGUUCUACGAGCUGGUGGAGCGCAUGCUGACCGGCUGGAACCGUAACGGACGCUCCUGCUUGCUGCGCACGAUCUGUGAGGUGGCAGAAACGCCACUACACCAUAAUGGGCUUGUUGGCGAGCUGUUUGAAGUUGUGUUCACACCACACGAGACCGAUCAGCUGGGCAGCGAGUACACGUUGGCCCGCCAGUAUGGAGCGAAUGGUGUGGACUGCCGGAGGAUGUAUGCCGAGUGUCCGCUAGGGCAUGGGUUGCUAGAUACUAUUAGUGCGAUCAAUAUGUGA